AUGGAGUCCUCGUUAUUCCCGGUGAUGGACUUUAACGGCACCUUUGCGGACCCGGACGUUUACUUCGGCGACCACAUCGACGGCUUCAGCGUCACCGUCGCCGCCCUCUACCUGCUCGUCUGCGUCCUCGGCCUGGCCGGGAACUCCCUGGUCAUCGUCGCCAUUUUGAAGCUGGACAAGAUGUCCUCGGCCGCCACGGUGUACAUCUUCAACCUGGCGCUGGCCGACGGGCUCUUCAUGGUGGGCCUGCCCUUCAUCGCCAUGCAGAACUUCCAGAACCGCUGGGAGUUCGGCGACCUGGCCUGCAAGGUGGUGAUGGUGCUGGACGGCAUCAACCAGUUCACCAGCGUCUUCUGCCUGACGGUGAUGAGCGUCGACCGCUACAUGGCGCUGGCCGACCCGCUCCGCUUCGCCCGCUGGAGGACGCCGCGCCGCGCCAAGGCGGUGUCGGCGCUGCUGUGGCUCUUCUCGCUCCUCGCCGUCCUCCCCAUGGCGCUGCACUUCUCGGCGCGCGACGGCCUGUGCACGCUGGACCCGGCGCUGGGCUCGGACGCCUGGUGGCUCGGCUUCCUCACCUACACCUUCGUCCUGGGCUUCGCCUUGCCGUUCACGGUCAUGACGGCGUCCUACGCGGCGCUGCUGCUCACGCUGAGGUCGCAGCGGCUCCGCGCCGCCGCCGCCGCGAGCCAGGAGAGCCAGCGGCUGGAGAGGCAGGUCACCAAGAUGGUGGUGGCGGUGGUGCUGGUGUUCGGCGUCUGCUGGCUGCCGUUCUACGCCUUCAACUUCUGCUCGCUGUACGAGACCGACCUGGUGCUCACCUUCGCCCGGGGCUUCGAGUUCGUCGUCCUGCUGUCGUACUCGUGGAGCUGCGCCAACCCCAUCCUCUACACCUGCCUGUCCGACACCUUCAGACGCCACUUCCGCGCCCUCCUCUGCCCCGCCAAGCGAUCUCCCAGCAUGCACUGCAACGUGGACACAGAGCGGUAUGACCUAAACGACGCCGGCGGGCGUGAUGUCAGCGUGCUGGCGUAG